AUGAGCCAGCAAUGUGCCCUUGUGGCAAAGAAGGCUAACGGUGCUGACGUUGUCACCCUUUUGGGUCAAAAAACUCGGGGUUUCGGGCUGCGGGGCUUGCGGGCUUGGCGGUGCUCUUCAGGAGGAGCUGCAGUAUUUAUUGCACAGUCAAGAGCUUCUGGAAGCCACCGAGAUGUUGAAGAUGAGGAGCUUACACGAAUCUUUGUUAUGAUACCAAAAUCCUAUACAGAGGAAGACCUACGAGAGAAAUUUAAGAUGUAUGGAGACAUUGAAUAUUGCAGCAUUAUUAAAAACAAGACUACUGGAGAAAGUAAAGGUUUGGGCUAUGUGAGAUAUUUAAAACCAUCGCAAGCUGCCCGAGCAAUUGAGGAGUGUGAUCGAAGCUACAGGGCCAUUUUGGCUGAACCUAAAAAUAAGUCAUCCGAGUCUUUUGAACAUGAUUAUUAUAGUAAUAACACGAGGCAAGAACCAAGAGGAAAUACACUUCCGUUUUGUGGGCAGCCAGAGUUUUGUAGUUUUGAAAAAAAUGAGAGCAGAAUUCAAGAGUCGGUCUCCAAACGUCUGUCAGUGGUAUCACGGCUUCCCUUUAUCCAAGAGCAGCUGUUUGCCCUCUUUGAUCUAGUCCCAGGACUGGAAUAUUGUGAUGUUCAGCGAGAUCCUCAUACCAAUAGUGGGUAUGCUGUGAUUCAGUACAGUACUGCUGCGUCAGCUAUAUAUGCCAAGUAUAAAUUACACGGUUUUGAGUAUCCUCCUGGAAAUCGAUUAACUGUCAUUUUCCUAGAAGAUGGGAGUGAUAGCUCAGACCUCAUCAGAAAAAUGGCAACACAGCUGGUAACAGCACAUGUGUCAUCAGUGUUGCGGAAUAACAAUGCAAUUGUUCAACAGUAUAGGACACCUCCUCAGGCAUUUGGAGGAACUUCUGGCUCACAGUUACUUCAGCCCCAAACAGAUGCCAUACUUCCACCACACAAAAAAAAAGUUCCACCUGACACUUCUGUGAAGGAAAGGCUUUUCAUACUCUUUCAUCCCCAUCCUUUACCUGUAAAUGUAUUGGAGGAUGUGUUUUGUCGUUUUGGACACUUGAUAAAAGUUUACCUUGUGGCUGGAAAAAAUGUGGGCUAUGCAAAAUUUGCAGACAGAGCAAGUGCCAGUGAUGCCAUAACUGCGUUACAUGGCAAGAUUGUGAAUGGUGUCAGACUUAAAGUAAGGUUGGCAGACUCGCCUACAGAAGAAUCUAACAAACGUCAGAGAACUUAUUGAGCAGAAACUAAAUAAUGACAUGACCCUCAGCUAGCUGACUGACUGACUGAAAACGUGACUAGACAUGGUUCCUGUGGACAGUGACAGCUUUUUUUUUUUUAAUUGUUACUUAGCUGAUCCUCUCU